AUGGCUCCUAGCUGCGGUGGGUUAUCAGUCGCCUUUGGGGCGGCCCCGCCACCCUACGACGAGUCCUUCUUUGGCAAGCCGGUCGGUCGGUACUGCGACGUCUGCCUCCUCGUCGAUUUCAUUGGUACUUUUAUUCAUAUAUCUCAAUCUCAAUUACAGCAACAUGAUAGUCUUCCACCAUCUCACCUGGAAAACCAUAAUAUUAUUGCAGCUAAUAGCCUAUGCCUCCCGUUCCUUAGCGCCUACCUCAACUCUGUCGGCACCAACUUCUCUCACGGUGCGAACUUCGCCACAGCUGGGUCCAUGAUCAGACAGCCUUACGCCACACUGAGCCAGUCUAGCUUCAGCCCCAACUCCAUAGACGUCCAGACUUGGGAGUUCUCCCAAUUCAAGUCUCGCUCCCAAGCACUCAUCCAGCAAGGAUUGUUUAAGGAUCAACUGCCGAAGGAAAAGUACUUCUCACAAGCCCUAUACACAAUCGACAUCGGCCAAAAUGACCUCACAGAGAGUUACUUCAGAAACUGGACCACUGACGAAGUCAAAUCUGUCAUUCCUGAUAUCUUGGAUAAGUUUGUUCUUGCCAUUAAGAGCAUUUACUGGGAGGGUGGAAGGCAUGGUGGAAAGUACAACUACAAUAUAAAUAUCGGAUGUGGAUCAACAGUAACAAAAAAUGGAAAAGAGAUCAUGGUUGGGAAGGCAUGUCAGAAUCCAUCGAAGAGGAUCAUUUGGAAUGGAGUUCACUACACUGACGCUGUUAACAAAUGGAUCUUUCAACAAAUUAUGGAUGGAAAAUUCUCAGAUUCACCAGUUCCUCUACGGUUGGCUUGCAAAGUGAAAGCAUAA